AUGAGUGAAGAAGCACCACCGGAAAGUGAAACCAUCGCGGAAAUUCUUUUCAAUAAUGUAACGUACCAGGAUGCGCCUGAUGAAUCACAAGACUACCUGCACGUGGAGCUACUUCUACAAUUGACACCCCACAGUAAUAAACACUAUGUCCAGUUCCAAAGCCACAACCGACAGUUUAUUAACCUACCAUCGGAUGAGAAUCAGGUGUAUCGAUGGAAUGGAUCGUGUAUAGCACUCGCACAGCUGGCCGUGCUUGACCAUUGGCUGAGUCGGAAAGCCAAACAGACCGGCGAAGAAGCUGGCGGUGGACGUGGACGUGGUGGUGGUGGUGGCACGAGCAUGUUGUUUAGUUGGAGUUCAACCGACGCCAGUAUAGAAGCACGUAGGGCAAAACUCAACAAGAAAGGUCCGCGAAAUAACAGCGUCUCGACGGCACCAGCAAUCUCUCCUACUGAACAACGAAAGAUUGAUAUUUUACAGAAGUUGAAUAUAUCAGGAUCAACCUCGGACUCUGCUGCCAAAUUAUCAAGAAUAGUGGAAGCAGAGUCAGCAAAGUUCAUGCAUGCACGUGUUAAACAUAUCAGAACACGACAUUCAGAACAAAUGAACAAGUUGAUUACUGAACGGAAGAAGAAAGAUCAUGAGUUGCAUCUCCAGAAAUUGAAGCAGAUGGAGAUUGAACAAGCCGAGUUGGCAAGGGCACUUGCGCAACAGCCACCAGAACUGAAGAGUAGCAGCAGCGGUGGUGGUGGUGGUGGUGGCGGCGGCAGUGGUGGUCUAUUAGGAUUGUUUGGGUUUGGUGGAAGUAAUUCCACUGUAGGUCAAACGAAUAAUCGUACUGCUAGUUCAUUGCAAUUGGAACAGUUGGAGCAGGCUCCCAAGACUACCAAGACUCCGCCAGCAGAUGAUCACAAGGGUAUAUUUGGUUUGUUUGGACUGAAAGAAAAGGAGAAACAAACAAAGUCAACCACAUUGUUUGAAAGAGGCAGUCCUGCUCCGGCGCCUCCUCAGGACGACAAUUUCAUUCGCAUUGACGAUUUAGAAAAGGCAUUAGGCGAAUCUUCAAGCCAGCUACAAAACAUAACAGAAGACAAUCAGAAGAAGGAAGAAGAAGAAGGGGAUGACGACGAUGACGAGUUUUCGAACUUUGCAAGUGCUCCAUCGAUGGCAGUAUCGUCGACGCAACAAUCCACCCAUCAAUUCUUGGGCAUUAGUGGUGAAAUUCAAGAAACAAGACCACAAACCCCUGAAGAUAAUUUGCUAGAUCUAUAG